AUGACUGAUUUUGUUGAGAAGGAUUGCCAAGAGACCCCACUUUUUGAUCCACGCAUUUUACUGCGGCUGGAUCCCAGUAAGUUCAAAGCUGGAUAUAAAAAUGGUGUUUCACCUUUGCACCCGGGUGAACAUCUCCACAUACGACCACUGAGUAUUGGAGAUUAUGAGAAAGGUUAUCUGGAUCUACUCAAACAGCUGACAGCUGUCGGAGAUGUUUCAAAGGAAGAUUUUAUAGGUAGGUUCAGCCAGAUGAAGAGCUGUGAAGACACAUACUUCAUUGUUGUCAUAGAGGACCUGAAAUCUGGUCAGAUUAUUGGGUCAGCCACUCUAGUGAAGGAACAAAAGUUCAUCCAUCAUGUUAGUUCUCGAGGUCGGGUCGAAGAUGUGAUUGUCAGUGACUUAUAUCGAGGGCAGCAAUUAGGUAAAAUUCUUCUAGAUGUUCUUGUGGCUCUCAGCCAAGAUCUAGGCUGCUACAAAGUGUCUCUAGAGUGCAAGGACAAGAACGUGGAGUUUUACACCCAGUUUGGCUUCCAGAAAACUGAAGGCCAGAACUUCAUGCAGCUGAGAUUCUUCGACUAA